UCUUGAGUAGGAAGUUGAGAUCGACACUUUAAUACCGGAAGAGCACCGUCUCCACUCUCGACUUCUUCGUUGCACUUUCUCGAAAACCAAUACACCACUCUCGUCGCCGCCGUCGUCAUCGUCGUCGACCAUCGCAAGCGCUGUCGCACUCCGCCGUCAUCCGUUAGGGUUAAGAUGAGUCGAGGAAGUGGAGGCGGAUACGAUCGUCACAUCACUAUUUUCUCUCCCGAGGGACGCCUCUUUCAAGUUGAGUAUGCUUUCAAGGCUGUUAAGGCUGCUGGAAUCACCUCAAUCGGUGUCCGAGGAAAGGAUUCCAUUUGUGUUGUUACUCAGAAGAAGGUUCCGGAUAAGCUUUUGGACCAGACAAGUGUUACACACCUCUUUCCCAUCACAAAGUACCUUGGUUUGUUGGCGACUGGCAUGACAGCUGAUGCUAGGACACUGGUCCAACAAGCAAGAAAUGAAGCAGCUGAGUUUCGCUUUACAUAUGGAUAUGAGAUGCCUGUAGAUGUGUUAGCUAGAUGGAUUGCAGACAAAUCACAAGUCUAUACCCAACAUGCAUAUAUGAGACCACUUGGAGUAGUUGCUAUGGUUUUGGGUAUAGAUGAUGAAUACGGACCACAGCUUUACAAAUGUGAUCCUGCUGGUCAUUACUUUGGUCACAAGGCCACAAGUGCUGGAUUGAAGGACCAAGAGGCAAUUAAUUUCUUGGAAAAGAAGAUGAAGAAUGACCCUUCAUUUACUUAUGAGGAGACGGUGCAGACUGCCAUUUCUGCUCUCCAAUCAGUUCUUCAGGAGGAUUUUAAGGCCACUGAGAUUGAGGUUGGAGUGGUGCGAAAGGAUAAUCCAGAAUUCAGAGUUCUAACCACUGAGGAAAUUGAUGAGCACUUGACUGCAAUAAGUGAGCGUGACUGAGUUCUUAAUAGCAUGUAAUUGUUCAAUCUUUCUAAUGCUAGAUUAAAUUAUGCAUUUGCUUUCUCGGAUCACAUUCAACGAAUUGAUUUCCUUGUGAUAAUUUGAUUAGUAUGUAACCGAAGAAUGUUGUUGAAGAUGGUAUUUGCUUCCUAUUACAAGUUUAUUUGGGAGAACAUUUUAUGUUCAA